UUUUACACGUGCUUUUUGUUUUUGAAUUGUAUAAAUCAAAUAUCUAGAUUUUAUAAGGAUUAAUAUUAAGAAAUGGAAGUUGAUACAAAACCCAUGGAUAUAAAAGUUGAACCAAGUACUAGUUCAGCAGGGACCUCUUCCAAGUUAGGUGUAUGCGAAGUUUGUGCUUUCCACGAUGCUAAAUAUACUUGCCCAAGAUGUGAAGUCAAAACUUGCUCUCUAAAAUGCAACAAAAUACAUAAGCUGGAGAUUGAAUGUGACGGUCAACGAGAUCGGACUAAAUUUAUCCCAUUAAACAAGUUCACAAAUUUAGAUCUCUCUAGUGAUUAUAGAUUGUUGGAAGAAAUAACUAGGAGCGUAGAGGCGUCAAGAAAGAAAUUUGGAAAAAGAUGGACACACAUAUCUGGGCCCUUAAUGAAACUGAGAAAUGCUGCUAAGUCGAAGAGGAUUACAUUGAAAUAUUUACCAUAUAAAUUUGCAAGACGUAGAGCUAAUUCUACUUAUUUAAACUAUAAAACUAAUAUUAUUCAUUGGCAAAUAGAUUGGGUAUUUGUUAGUGCAGAUAAUUUGAAGUUAACUGAUAAAAAUGUACCUGAAAUUGCACCAGUCAGUUCUGUUCUAAGUAAACAUUUAUCCAAGCAAAGCGAUAACUGCUUACAGGAAAAGUUACAGUAUUAUCAGGCUGCGGAUAUCCCUGGAAUAAGAGUAUUAAUGAAAGCGGAACAGACAAAAGGAAAGAAGUUUUAUGAGUUAGAUCCUACUUUAACUUUAAGGGAAUGUUUAGAAAAGAAAUUAAUUAUAGAAUAUCCGACUAUAUAUGUUGUUUUAAAGGAUCAUCUUUGUGGUUAUAACGUUAUAGACUCGGAUGAUGAGGAUGACUCGUUAGAUGGUCGCAUUAAAUCAGGAAACGAAGUUGUUACAAGUAUUGUGAAUAAUGCUGAGAAUGAUGAAAGUUUGUACAGGUCUCUCAAAAAUUUACUCUUUGUUUCUGAGUAUUCUGAUGAAGAAUUGUCUCUCAAUUAAGAUAAAGGAUAUUAAAGUACCUGUGAAAGAAAUUGGAUAAUUGUUUUCUUGAUAUUUGUGAUAAAAUUUAUUUCAUGGGUGUAAUUAAGGAAAUGCGAAUAUUUAAUUUUGAUUUUUUUUAAUAUUUCUUUUUUUCUAAAUAAAAUAUAAAUAAAAAAUAUGCAGUAAG